AUGUCGCUCAAGCAGUUACCGAGCGAAUUGAUCCUGCAGGUGUUCCAACAGAUUGAUGAUGCGAAGGCUCUCCAAUCGGUUGCUUGCACGUGCGCUGAGUUCAGGGAUGUCGCCGAGAUAUGCUUGUACUCUCGAGCGCUUAUCACUCAACGCGCAUCGAUGGAGCAAUUCAUGGAGCUCUGCCGGAGUGACACUCGACGUGCAUCUUAUAUCCAUGAACUGCAAUUGUUGUAUUCGGUCAGGCAGUACGACCGCCUUGAAACUCAACCUGUUGAUCUGUUAUAUUUUCCUUGCCUGGGGACAUUUGUCUCAGAGAGCCCCUUCUGCAAUGGGCAUUCGCGGAUAGGCAAAAACGACGAAGGUAUCUGGAAAGCAGAUAAGGAAGCAUACAUGCGUGCUUUUGAGAAGGCCUCUUUGCUUUCUGGGAUCCCCAAAGCUGAAAAACCAUUGAGCAAAUUGAGAUCAAUAACUCUGCACUGGACAACGAGCAUCCACCUCAGAUUUUGGGAGACGAGCCCCGCAUGUCCCGUCUUCUUACUCCCGGAGUUGCACGAGUUAGAACUCUCUUGCGUGAAGAUUAAAAUCUCCGAAUCGGACCCCGAUUUAAGUGCUUUUCGGAGCAAGACCGCCCUAAAGUCUAUUAUCUUUCGCGAGAGUAUUGUAUCGCCCGAUGCGCUGGAACAAAUCCUGUCACUACCAUCAGGUCUCACGACGUUGGUAUUGCACGAGCUUAACUAUCACAGAACUGGCACUUCGUUUUAUAAUUUCUUCAAAGACGAUCUGGAAACAUCUCAACGCGCUCUUUCGCUGCAAGCCACCAGCCUCCGCUAUUUCGAUUUCUAUGGACAAUAUACGGGUUACACUGGCCGCCUGGAGCGGCGUAGCAGGUGCUUGGAUCUUUCAAACAUGACUGCUCUCACGUAUUUACAACUCGACUCGGGCGACUGCAAUAUUGAAACUCCGCCGCCGAACCUUGAGACUCUGUGUCUUACUAACGUAGACCUCAGACUUCUAAGAGUUGGGAUGCGGCCCAUGUUACUCAAAAGUGUCAACCUCGAGGAAUGCCUUAGGAGUUGCUCUGUGCGUAAGACGGAAUUCCGUUUAGACCUACGCAUCCACCCACAGUAUCCCGCCUGGUCCGUCGGACAAAGAGAGGACGUGUCGAUCCGCCAGGUAAUUGCAAACUUUCAAAACAAGCUUGACACAUUCAAGCACACGUUGGCAGAGCUUCCGGAAGAGGAUGAACCAACGGGGCCUUUGAAACCUGACAAUGCUGGCGACGGAGCUGCUUCAGAUAUCUCACCUGAACUUGUUCCAGUUCGUAUGAGGGUUCUGACGGCGAAGCGCGUCUCUUAUAUUCCCCCGUAUCUUUAUAGAGAGAAGGCGCCAAAAUGGAUUGUUCGAUACGAUUCAGACUUUUUGGCACACCCUUACAACGAAGACAGGACACUAGCGGAAGAUGACAGCAGCGGAGAUGAGGAAAUGAGCGCUGCCUUCCGAAACGGCGAAUUGUCAUGA